CUGUUGCAAGGCGCGGCGCCGCGGCAGGAACAGGCCUCUUCGCUGGCGCAGGGGGGUGCAGAUAAUGAGCCAAAUCCUCGGUGUAAAUUGUUAUAGCUCCAUUUAAGUCAGUAAAACGUUGCCAAUUCAGCUCUUUGGCCCAGAGCUUCUGAUUUUUCCUCACCCUUAUACUGUUGAAAAUUGAAGAAUUCUGCUGAAGUCUGUGGUAUUACACUGGUGUAAGUGAGAGGAGACUAAGGUUAAACUAAAUAAAAACCAGAAGAAGCACGAGGAUCCCAUCCCACACAGUUCUCGCUCAUAACCAGUGGGGGAAAAUAUAAUACCCUGGACCAAAUCCUGCAAUCCUUACUCAUGCAGAACACCUAUCAAACCCAUGGGAAUGUCUCCUGUGCAAAGACUGAAGGUGAAGCCUUAGCCCCAUUGAAAUCAAUGCCAGUUUGCUAUUGACUUUAACAGGGCCAGGAUUCUGAGCAAGGAUAUCAAGAUUUGCCCUCUGGCAUAAAAAAAACCAAAACACAAAAAAACCUGGACAAAGCAGAAACAAACACAAAAGCUUUGAAGUGGUGCGAAUUCUAUUAAAAAAGACCUGGGAUUGAUUUAUUAAUCCAGGGAGAGGAAGAACUGUUUUUCUGAAUAAGUACUCAGAGGAACUUGCACUGGUAAAAAGCUAUUCUUGCUCUGAAGAUUUUGUAACAGUCGUCAAAAUGUGGAAUGCAGUGGCUAAAAACCUAAUAAGGACUAAAGUCCACCAAGACUAUUCACGCACUCUACUGCUAGUGGAAAAGGGCAGGAGUAUUCUUACAAAACCACCUUCCUCUAGGAAUUGUUGGCAGCAUACAGCUGGAGCAGUUCAGCCUUUCAACAUGAGUACGAGUAUCCAGAAAGUAGAAGCUUUGGACGUGAAUAAUUUUGUCCGUAUUCACUGGGAAGAUGGGAAUAAGAGCCUUUACCCUGCUGUAUGGCUAAGAGACAACUGCCAGUGCCCUGACUGCUUCCUGCGUUCUGCUAAAGCACGCAAACUGCUUUUGGAAGACCUGGAUGUUAACAUUGGGGUGAAGGAGGUCACUUUAACAGAUAGACAAAAGGUGUAUAUUACAUGGCCAGACAAACACACGAGUGAAUUUGAGGCUGAAUGGCUGAAGAAAAGAUGCUUUUCUGAACAAGCCAGAGCAGAAAUGCAAGAGGAAUUAUUUUUACCAGAAUGUAAAUAUUGGGGCUCAGAUCUGCAGCUCCCAAAUAUGUCUUUUGAAGAAGUCUUACAGAGUGAUCAAAGUGCAUACAAGUGGCUUUCCACCCUUAAGAAAGUAGGAAUUGUGCUGUUAACAGGAGCUGCCACUAGACAGGGGGAGUUGGUUAAACUUGGCAAACGGAUUGGAUUCCUGCGUCUCACAUUUUAUGGCCCUACUUGGCAAGUGGAAGACAAAAUGGAUGCUAAUAAUGUGGCUUACACAUCUGGGAAGCUAAGUUUUCACACUGAUUACCCUGUUCUGCAGCAUCCACCUGGGAUUCAGUUUCUUCAUUGUAUAAAACAAGCAGCUACUGGAGGUGAAAGUGAAGUUGUAGAUGGAUUUCAUGUUUCCAACAAACUGAAGGAGCAAAAUCCUCAAGCCUUUCAGAUCCUCUCCUCUACCCUUGUAGACUUCACGGAUGUUGGGGUCGACUACUGUGAUUUCGCUAUGCAGUCUAAACAGAGGAUUAUAGAUGUAGAUUACAGAGGCCAGGUGGUUCGUAUCAAUUAUAAUAAUGCAACAAGAGACACAAUUUUUGACAUAUCUGCUGAAAAAGUUCAGCCAUUUUAUGCAGCUCUGAAGGAGUUUGUUGAUCUGUUGAACAGCCCGGAACAUAAGUUUACCUACAAGAUGAAACCAGGAGACAUAGUAACAUUUGACAACUGGCGUUUGCUGCAUGGUCGCCGGAGCUACCAGUCAGGAACAGAAAUAUCCCGUCACCUCGAAGGUGCUUAUGCAGACUGGGAUGUGGUAAUGUCAAGACUCCGACUCCUGAAGAAGAUUGUCCAGAAUGGCAUUUAAACUUUCUUACGGUUUAAUAAUUAGCAACGCCUUGGACGGUUCAUCUUUGUUUUAAAAAAUACAAAUGUAUUGGAUUUCCAACACCAAGCGUACAUUCUAAACCUUUGCUAAUGUAACCUUUGAAAGACUGAAUAUAUUUUUCAAAGGUAUGCUUUGUUGAAAACAAUAUAUCUCGCAGUAUGUCUUUAUUCUGCUGUCAUUAUAAGUGGUAUUACAACCGGCUGUACUAGUCUGAAACUGGUUAGAUACCAAUACACCACAAAUAAGCCUUCCCUUCUCAGAAAUCAGUCUCUCUGGGUGAGGCAUUAAGAAAAGCCUUUCACGUGUCACCCAUUAAGGGUUUGUAACAGACAGCAGCUUUCUGUGAAUUUUAUAUCUAUUUUCAGAGAGAGAAAACCAUUUUAUAUAUAAUGACUCAUUUUCUUUACCCCACCCCCAGAAAACCCAAGAAAAGCUUUAGAAUCUGCAGUGAUGUUAACAAGCAAUUCUACUCUGGAAAGUAACUGUUCAAAAAUAGCAUCUUCUUACUCAACAGAACUGCUCUUUGUGUAUGUUCAGAGCCACUCCUGCUUAAUUUCACACCCAGGAGUAAGUUUUAUUAGUACUUUUUAUUCCAGUUAGCUCUAAAGAGUCGACACAGUUAUAGGAGAAGAGAUGGCCGCAUGCCCCUCCUUAACAGCAGUAGUAUUACAAUACUGCCUAACAUCCAGAGAUCAGACCCCCAUUGCAGAGGUUGCUUUGCACAUACUUAGUAGAAGACUCUCCCUGUCCUGAAGAGUCUGUACAGCCAAAGGAAGUGUUUUUAUGCCCAUUUUACAGCUAGGAACUGAGGCACUGAGAGAUUCAAAUGGGGGACUAGGCUCAGCAUUGCAAAGUCUAACUUUUAGGCACUUUGCCACCAAGUGGAAUUCACAGCCCUGAGUUAGGCACCUGGGCUCCCUAUACAAUGCAAGGGGAGAAUUAGUUGCCUAAAGAUAGGAUUCACAAAAGGCAGUAGAUUGAGCUAGGAGCUGCCUAAGAUAGCCAGUAGGAAAUGCCAAGGAGAGGGUUGUGUCCUAAACCCCUCUCUUCAGUAGGUGGUAGGUGCUUAACUCCAGGCAUCUCCCUCCACUUCUCAGAGUUAGGGCAUCAUAUUAUAGUCUGAAAUGACUGCAUAAGCUUGUGAUAUGUCACAAAACCUAGCUUUUAGUAGCUAUCUGAUUCCUCAAUGUUUCCUUCAUUUUCCUUCAAAAAGUGUGCAGGCAGUCUGUUCGUACAGCUCUGUUAAAACCCAUAGCACUGUGUUUUAAUUGUACAUUCGUUUUCAUGUAUAUCAUUUGCUACAUAGUGGUGUUAAAGUCAAUUAUAACUAUAAAGCAAGACACCUGGCUUUAUACAAAUGCUUACUGGGGAGAGCCAUUUUGUGCUUUAUUUUUCUGAAAGCCAUUUUAGUCAUAUGCUUAUGUAUUAUUAAAAGUUGUGUUGGAGCUGAUUAGCUCAUUGGAUUUUGGCGUAAUACUCCGUAACUGUUUCCUACAGUAGCAAAUGUUUUGCGCAUGUUCUGGAGAAUGAUGGCUAAGAGAGAUUUUUCCAAAUAGAAACUUAUAGCGAUUUGAUUGGUUGUGUAUAUGCCCAAUGCAGCCAAAUUGUCUUACCUCUGUAGUUAUCAAUCAGCUACAGAAGCUAAACUCUGACUCGGAUGAUUGCACUGAGCAGUGCAGCCUCUCCUACAGCAAUGCAGGUGCAGUAUUCAUCCACGUGAACCUGGGGAAUGUAAAAUAGCAUGCACAUAUUUGGUGCUGAGGGUGUGCAGUUUGGUUAGCAUGUACUGGUGACUGGACCCCACUUAUCUAGAAGACGGUGCUGUUGCUUUUCGGCACAGUGGAACCUAUCUACUGGGCAUGAGAGAAAUAGCCUGUUUGUGCCUGGAGAGAAGUGCCCUUCUGUCACGCUGUGUGUGGCCUUUAGCAGCUAAGACUGCAACCAUAAAAUCUGAACUAGUGUCCAGAGAGGUAAAUGGCAAAACUCCCAGUGGUGCAGAAUCAGGAGUACAGAAAGCAUGAAUUCAGCCCUUUUGCCGUUGUUGUAAGCUGUGGAUUUGCUUGUGUACAUG